AUGACCCUCCCUGGGCAAUCGGGUGGCAACGAGAUGGCCAAGCAGCACUCUCAUCUGACAGCAACCAGCUUUGUGCCUUCCUGUGCCUUCCUGACCGGUGACCCAGGUGUCCCUGAAUGCCGGGCCUGGAUGGGCGUGGGCAGCCUGGAGAAGGCGCCUGUUUCCCAGGCGAUGCCACACCAGCAGCAGCCCCAGGUCAGGGGUCGAGGUCCUGCACCACUCCUGGAGCUGGACAAGCCCGGCCAGCAGCCUGGUGCAGCCCAGUCUGAGGGUGGUUUGGAGACGGGGCCCUGCAUACCGCAGGGCCAGAGUAGCCUGCCUGCGGAGACCAGGCGCCUGACUCCGGUGGAGAACCAAGACGAGCGUCUGACCACCAACCCAGCAGGCAGGGACUCCUCAGGUGACAGCUGCAGCUGGCCCGCACUGAGCAGGACUUCUCCAGGAGCCAACGUCCAGGCCGUCCCCAUGGCAGCCUUCCUCUCUGCCGGCCUCGGGGUACUCGCGACCUCGGAGCCCUACACCCUGACCAGCUCCAGCUGGGAGCCCCGGCUGGACUCCCCAUUCCCGUCAGACCCUCCCACCGGGGCCCAAGUCGUGGCCGAGCCCGGCAAGCAGGGCCCCAAGAACCCGCGUGUGUCCAGCGUGACGGUCCAGCUGGAGAUGAAGGCUCUGUGGGAGGAAUUCAACCAGCUGGGCACGGAGAUGAUUGUCACCAAGGCCGGCCGGAGGAUGUUUCCCACCUUCCAGGUGAAGGUUCUGGGCAUGGACACGCUGGCUGACUAUGCACUGCUCAUGGACUUCGUGCCUCUGGACGACAAAAGAUACAGGUACGCCUUUCACAGCUCAGCCUGGCUGGUGGCGGGCAGAGCAGACCCGGCCACGCCCGGCCGGGUGCACUUCCACCCGGACUCGCCGGCCAAAGGGGCACAGUGGAUGCGCCAGAUUGUGUCCUUUGACAAGCUCAAGCUGACCAACAAUCUGCUGGACGACAAUGGCCACAUCAUUCUCAACUCCAUGCACCGCUACCAGCCCCGAUUCCAUGUGGUCUUUGUGGACCCACGCAAGGACAGCGAGCGCUACGCCCAGGAGAACUUCAAGUCCUUCGUCUUCACGGAGACCCAGUUCACGGCCGUGACAGCCUAUCAGAACCACCGGAUCACCCAGCUGAAAAUCGCCAGCAACCCUUUUGCCAAGGGCUUUAGGGAGAGUGACUCAGACUCCUGGCCUGUCCCUCCACGAGCCCUGCUCAGCAUCCCGACCCGGAGUCACAGCGGCCUCGGCCCCUGCCUGCUGAAGGGCUCCACAGAGGAGGGAACAGACUCCCACAAAGCUCCAGUCUCCAACUCCAGGACCUCCGCCCGGCUGCAACAUCAGCUGCUGGCCCCCCCUGAGGCUCUGCUGGCCCCAGCCACCUACCAGCCCCUCGCCUACCAGGGCCUGUACCCUGGAGCCUCAAGCCCCCUCAGAAUCCCAAGGGCCCGACCAACACCAUACCCCCUCCCCAAUGUCCAGAACGACAGAGAUCAGGAGAGCCUGCCCCUCCCAGCUAGGCUGGGGCUCCUGUCCCCCACGGCCAUGUGCAUGGGGACUGUCCAGGACCCUCAGUGA